AUGUGUCAAUGCUUAAAAUGCUGUUCUCUUUCUAGCCACGAAAUGAUUAAACGUAAACCAAAAGACGAGAAGCGUGUUCAAUCGCAGAUUGACCCGGUUCGUGCCUAUCAACAGGAGGUGUUGGAAACCCACAACCGUACAAUCGAAACGACUCUAUUUGAAAAUGAACUGAACAAAUUUCGCAAGGAGUUAAGCAAAGACUGCAAAAAGACCAAAAUCAGUGAUCAGAAGAAAUCUAUGCUUCUGAUCGAUCUGCCGAAGAUCGAUAACGGUUUUCUGUACGACAGUCUCACUGAGUGUGAAAAAUUUACCAACGAUUUCUACGAAAGCGCCAUAGUGGGUACAGAAAGAUUUCUCCAGGAAACUGGCGAAGAAAGACUGUUUCUGGAAAAAGAACCAGCAACGAUUGAAGAGAUCAAAGAUGAAAUCGUCGGAUGUGAGACUGUUGAUACUAAUAACGUAUUGAGCUCUGAAGAAAAUCGCGAAAAGCAGCCAACUGAAUCUGUUCAACCAGAUGAACAAAAAGUUGUGAAAGAGGGGGAAGAUGAAACCCGAAUGGUUCGAUUUGGCGACACUCAAGUAAUAGCGUAUCCUGCAGAAGAAUCAUCUUUUUCACUCGAUGGUUCCGAGUACGAAUUCGAGGAUUAUGAACUGUACUUGGAAUCUUUAGAUUCCGAUUUGGACGAAUUCGAUGAAACAGAAUUCUUGUCUUCCACUAAUCCAUCCGCCCGCAGUAACGAAGCACGUACACCAAAUAUUUCCAAUACCGAUUCAAGCGAUGAUUGCUUAACAAUAACUCGUUCCGAAUACUGUGGCGGAUCGUCAAAAGAAAGUGCUGAUUUCCAAAAAGAAAAACUUACCUAUAACUACGACGAACCCGAGUUUGUGGAAGAAACAAUCCUUCCAUUGGAAGAGGGUGAACUAAUAGUCGUAAAACGAUGCGAAUUAGAAGAUAAGGAUUAUAGCAAACUGUGUGUUACAAAUUACAAACCGGAGGAUCUUAAGAUAAACGAUGACAAAAUAGAAAUUUCUGAGGAAUCAAGAAAAGUUAUAAGCGCAGCAUUGCAGGAAGGAUUUAUGCAAAACUACGACCGUGCUUUGCAGAAGCAGUACUUUUUCAAAUGGCUACAGUACACCAUUCUGGAGAAAAUUUCAAAAGGGACUGGAGUAAUAUCGACCCGAGAACAAAAGCUGAAACGUAUUAAUGAUUUCAUCAACAACAUUCGUGCAGGCAAGAAAAAAUCCGGCAAACCAAAUGCGGCGACGGCACAAGCAUUCACAGUCAAAAAGGACUACGAGCAUCGGCUCAAAGUACAACAGGAUAUAAUAGAACUACAAAAACUUAAACUGGAAAGACAAGAACGAAUAAUUACCGAACUGAAACUUUCCAAAUUUUCGGAAGCUGCUAAAAUCUCGAAGAUGGAAAUCCAAACUGAACUGCAAAAAGCUAUGCGAACAGGAAACGUAAGACUUCGUGCCAAAGCUAAAUGUAUUCAGAUUGUUGGAAACAUUCGAAACGAUACAACAGAAGAGGACGAACUGCGAAAGCUACAGGCGCAGGGUCUAAUGAUUCCCAAAUUCCUGGCCAAAAUGCAGCAACGAGCAGUAGAACGUAGUCAGCGUCAUCAGGAAGCCAAAGAACGUCGGAUGAAAUUGGAGCGAGAACGCGAAGACAGCAAACAGGCAGCCGAGGAGGCGAAACGUUUAGAGGACGAGGAAGCACGCAAACGACGUUAUCGUGAAAUGCGCGAGAAACGCAAGCUAGAAAAACUACAAAAGAUCAUUCGCGAACAGGAACGACAAGCGUGGAUAGCGAACAACCAAAUUUCAAAGGAGUUUAGACUGCUUAAGUUGAAGCGGCUUGGAAUGGGCGCAUUCAAACUGCUCCUCGGAAUAAGACGCGACAAUGAGCGGCGUGCUUUGGCAGCCAAAAAGCGAUACUACAAGAAGAAAUACUUCCGUAAAUGGUGGGGUUUAACGAAUGCCGUUUGGGAAGGGAAAAAGCAAAUAGCGGAUUCGUAUGCCAACGCAAAGAUUAUGUCCUUUGGCAUGUUUUACUGGAAAGAGUACUGCCACGAACAACGCAAGAAAAUGCAGGUUGCUAUCGACUGGUGCGAGAUGCGUGUAACGGAAAAAGUCAUAUCAAUUUGGCUUAACCGCACGAAACAAUCUCUCAUUAUCCUUCAAGGAAAGCUAUCUCAUGCUUCGGCUCAUUACGAAUGGCAAUUAAAAUGGAAGGUUUUUGAACGGUGGCAACGGCUGCACAUUAUUCUCAAGAUUGAGAAGGAAACGGAACAACGUCGACAGAGAUGGCGUAUGAAAAUCUGGGAACUUUUACCGGAUUACAAACCCCUUGAGGAAGAAAUUCAAUAAGCGUGAACCGAGUAGUACGUAUCUAUUGCACUCUUCAGAAACAUUGGUAGAUUGAUGAAUUUUAAGACUGAUGGUUUGAAAAAGGGAAAAAAAGAACAUAAAGUUAAGCUUAUUCCUAGCUUAAUUUCUAUUCGUUGUUCUACCCCUAGGAAAAACUUUCUUGUCAGCUGAGUUAACAUUUCUAAUCGGAGUAAUUAUUUAAUUUGGCAAGUCACGUCAGAAAAAGCUUCAGUAACAUUAUAUUAGUUUUUGCUAAUUGUAGCGACAUAAUUAAAGGAAACUGAAAUUUAACUUUCUCGACUGAAAAAAAUAAACGAUAAAGACUUAUAGAAAAUUAAAAAUUGAAUUGAAAAAACUAUAAGUACUAAAACGAAUGAGAGCGCACAA